UCAGAAAUGCACCGGAUGCCAUGUCUUCAGCAACAAUUGAGCACAGCCUCCGGCCGUCUCGAUGCCUCGUUGUGCAUGGACGAUGCACAAUGAGGCGUUCACACAGGCUUUCGACCCAAGCACGAGGUCCCGGGGAGACUGCGAUCCCUCUCGUCUCGAAUCAGCUGCUGAGAACUGAAAGAUGUGAUCGCCGCUUCGUAGCUGGAGAAGGGCGGACUUUUUUCUGGCCACGGCAGAGCGGUGCAAGAACUCGAGACCAUGCUCGCGGUGCUGCUGGCGCUAGUGAGCGCCCUCGCGCUCGGGCGAGCGGAUGAGGUGCCGGAGAAACCAUUCGGAUUCGAUAUGACGGGGUUCAGCCCUUAUGUUCGAAGCAUCGUGAUGACCCCUGGCGUGUUCGUCGAAGAAGACUAUGUGUCGCUGACGGCGGGCCAGCCGGGCACGGAGUUCUGCAAGACGAUGGUGUGCAUGGGUAAAAUGUACUACGGCAAGACCGUCAAGGUUCCCAAACUGAAAGCAGUCACUUUCCACACGAGCUUCUCCUUCACCAUGACGAAAUCCCGAGACGAAUUCGUGACCGGCGAUGGAUUCGUCUUCUUCCUCACCGCGCAUCCGAGGUUCGCUCUGGGCCAGCCGAACGGCAUGUUCGGCCUCUUCACGGAACACCAGGAGCUGGCGUUGGCGAACCCGAUGUUCGGAGUGGAAUUCGACACCAUGAAGAACGAGGAGCUCUUGGACGAGAAUGAUAACCACGUAGGAGUGAAUAUCAACAGCGCGAUCUCCGUGCGGACGGCGAGCGCAGAUACCGUCAAUGUGCGGUUGAACGAUGGCGAGAGGAUCAUCGCUUGGAUCGACUACGACAAGGCGAUGAAUGUCGUGGAAACCAGAAUUACCUACGACGCGCCGGAUGCUGUCAAGCCUGCCGAUGCAUUGCUCUCGUACAAGUACGACAUCAAUGAAAUGAGCCUGCACGAGUUCUUCGUGGGAUUCAGCUCUUCCUCGAACUUCGGAUUCGAGCAGUCCCAUCAGAUUCACUCGUGGAGCUUCAGCGCGAAUUUCGACUCCCCUGCGCCUGUUCUCAACACCACCAGCGGCGUGUCUUGGAAACGAUGGGUAGCUUACUCUAUCGGAAGUCACGCGGCCUUUGGAAUUUUUUGGUACUUCUUUACGAGGUACACCAAAUGGGGAAAGGCAAUCCAAGGUCGAUGUGUGACGUUCAGACAGAAGAUGAUGCCGAAGUGUUGCUGCAGAAGGAAGACUGACAAAGGUGAAGAAGCUAAAGUUGCAGGUGGUGGGAAACCGGGGACCCAAGCUCCUCAUGCUGCUCCUCCGAAGACGACCACCAUUGCCAAACCGGCCACGACGACGGCAGGGAAUCCCCCGGGGCUUAAAGCUCUGGCUGCUGCCGCUGAUGACGACGACGACGACGACGACGAUGAAGAGGCUCCUCCUCGUUCUCCUCUUCCUCCUCUCCGUCCAGGUGCUAAGCCCCCUACUCCCGCUAAAAAAGACGACGGCGACGAAGAUGAUGAUGACGACGACGACGACGACGACGACAGUAGUGAUGAUGACGGUCCUCCUCCUCCUACAACAACUCAUUCUCCAUCUGCUCCACAUCCUCCACAUCCUGCACUAGGUGGAAUGCGUCCCCUUCCUCAACCAUUUGUGCAUCAUCCUCCCCCUUUCCCUCCCAAUGUCGGAUACCCACCUCCACCCCCAUACCCGCCCCCGCCACCCCCUUUCUAAAUCUGCGAAACCGGGAGUCGGGAAUCGACGGAAUCGACAUAGCUGACGGACAUGCUAUGUCCGAAGAGACAGAAACCUUCUGUCACCCGCAAGAUAUGACUUCAUCGCCGAACAGAGAGCCAGCAAACGUGCGAGUUAUACGGUUUACAAGAAACGAUUGCGUUUUCUUUGUAGACAGGAACAGAGAAGCAAGGAAGCUCAACGAUCAGGAUGGACAAUGGAUGUAUUGACUUUGGUAGAGGGUUCUCUCAGACUGCUUCGUCUUUCGCGUGAAUCAAGUGGCGCAAGAGACCCAGAAUCACAGAAAAUACCGAUGAUCUUCUCGUCCUCCUUGCCUUACUGAUGAGGUCAGAUUACCAGGAGGAUCAAGGCGAGCGUUGAUUCAAGCAGGAAACAUAAGUCUCCUACUUCUAGCCCCUUAAGCUCAACCCUUUGACGCUGACGUUCAAUUGUUCGACCCUUCGAUUACAAGAAUGGCCCCAAACCUUAGACUCCUCGUGCUCUGCAUUCCUCAAAAGGCAGAGAUUCCUCCGUAAUGUUGGAGCAGAAAGGUUUCGAUUGCACCGUGUGAAGCUUUUUCGUGUGA